UAUCACUGAUAGAGAGAAAAAGAGAGGGGGACAGAAAGAGGGGGAAAGCGUCACCACCAGCAUUAAUGCCACUGUGAACUUUAUUUUUGUAAAUAUCUUUUGAUUUUAACACUAAGUUCUGGGUUCCUGCCCUCUGUCUAUUGCACAUGUCAAAGUAUUUUUGGACAAACAUAAAAGACGACGUAUAUAUUUGCCUCUUUUGGCGACAUUAGAAAAUUAUUUCUGUAUCUAAUAAAUGCUGAAAGGGCACCAAACGGAUGGCUGUGACUCAAGCCGUGUUGCCUUCGUUUUCAAACUUCUGCAACGCCUCGGAAAACAUGAAGGCUUGGGAGUUUGAAAAGGGCUGUUUGGAUCUGGACUGCAAGGAUCCACACCAAAGCAACGGCAACUACAAACCUUCACAGUUUUUGACAGAUGAAGGCCCUGAUGAUAGUGAGGGAUGCUGGGAUAUGGAGUUCCUGCUGUCAGAUUGGGGUAAUGCAUCGCCUGAACGGUCCAACUCUCAAAACUACACUUCCCAAAGGCCACCGCCACAGGACCAGGUUCACAGUCCCGAUCUUUACCAGGUCCAGGAGCUGAAUGGACCGAGGGACCAGACAAGAUCAAAUAGACACCAAGUGUCUGUCACAAGUUCACUGGCUGAGCUGCUUCCUCAUGAAGUGACUUUAAGUUCCUCACUGCCUGAACUAUUUAACGGAGGAUAUUUGGAACAACAGCCGCAAACGGGAAAACCCUUCUCACAGCCAGAAAACCCCCAUCAGUUUAGUAGUUUCCCUGUUGCCAAUGACCUGGACAGAGAAAAUGAGAGAAACGGCAUGGGGAAGAUGAAGUCGUGGGAUUUUGAACACUACCCUCCUCAGCCUGCACCUCUGAUACCCUUCAGCAACUCUAAAUUUGUCCAAGCGUCAGGGACCGCCAUGGACGCGCUGGUCUUUCCUCCACACCAUCACUAUAACUUCAUCCAAAACUACUCGCACCCCAGACUCUACCAGCAACAAGUGAACUACGUCCACAGGCAGCCAACCAACCACUAUCUGUCCACACAAACCAUGAUGCCUGACUCCACAGUGCCCCCUGCAGACCUGGAGGGGAAGCGCAUUCGGAGAGGGGCGGUGAAGAGGAAAGCCACGGUACACAGUUGUGAAUACCCAGGCUGCCAUAAGACUUACACUAAGAGCUCCCAUCUCAAAGCACACCUCCGUACACACACAGGUGAAAAACCGUACCACUGUUCAUGGGAUGGUUGCGGGUGGAAGUUCGCCCGUUCGGACGAGUUGACAAGACACUUUCGAAAACACACGGGACAGAAGCCAUAUGAGUGCAUGCUCUGCCACAGAGCCUUCAGCCGGUCCGACCACCUGGCAUUACACAUGAAGAGACAUGUGUGAGUGCAGACACAAACAAAACAGAGAAAUACAAAUGCAUACACACAGAGGUUAGUCCAUGAGGGCAUUUCGGAGGCUUUGAGAGGACCUGUGUUCAGUUGAAGAUUGUUUAUAAUUUAUAUUAGCACUAUGAUAUGACAUGUACACACUGUACAUUAUGUGAAAUAGGAGAUAAGUUGGUGAACUUUUUCAAUUAUUAUUCAUUUGUAAUCAUAAGAAGAUUUCACACCGAUUAUUAACAAGCAUCAGACUUAUUUCCAAUCUGGACCCUUUAGCUAAACUGUAUGAAUUGGGAAACGGUAAAUAAUUCAUUGAAAUCCACCUAUCAAAAAUGGAUUACUGUGAAAAGUGGAUAUAAAAAAGGAAAACAAUUCACAAAUUAAAAUAGUUUACUGGCAGGGCAUUGCUGUAAUGUUUCAUCAUUCCUAAAGAAAAUUAAUUGGAAUUAGUUAAUGAACAUUAAGCAGAAAUGUAUGUAGCUUAAAGUGUGAUUUUUACAGAAAAUUAUUCAAAAAAAUGUAUACAGUAUGUUGCUGUUCAGUUGUGAGCAUUGUAUUAUUUUAUAAUUUUGCUUUAGUAUUUACAUCUAAUUUUCUAUUUAUUGUCUAUAGUCAUUAUUGUGUGGAAGUUCUGUAGCAUUUUAAAUGUUACCAAAAGUCAUAAAAGUCUUUAUGUGUAAUGGUAAUAUCGCUAUUUAUAUAACAAAAUACCAUCAAAUAUAUUUGCUUUUUAUAUUAACGUUAAUGUUUUUGUGAAGCAUUUAGUGUUUUACUGAAUGAUCUAUUUAUGUGAUCUUGUUCAAUAAUAAAGCAACUGCAACUCUGUCCUUUC